AUGCAGAUUUUCGUCAAGACUUUGACUGGGAAGACCAUCACGCUGGACGUGGAGCCUUCGGACUCGAUCGACAACGUCAAACAAAAGAUCCAAGACAAGGAAGGCAUCCCGCCUGACCAGCAGCGCUUGAUCUUUGCGGGCAAGCAGCUCGAAGAUGGCCGCACGUUGAGCGACUACAACAUCCAAAAGGAAUCGACGUUGCACUUGGUUCUCCGCCUGCGUGGGGGUGGUAAGGUGCACGGUUCGCUGUCUCGUGCCGGUAAGGUGAAGAACCAAACCCCCAAGGUGGCCAAGAAGGAAGACACGAAGAAGCAAAAGCGUGGCCGUGCCAAGAAGCGCAUCCAGUACAACCGUCGCUUUGUCAACGUGGUCGCUGGCGCCAAGAAGAUGGGCCCCAACUCGAACGCCCCCAAGAACUAAGUUGAUCAUGGCACAGCUCUGUCGUCAGUGACCUUGUCGAUCUUCGCAUUUGCGUAGGGGAGAGUUCUCUCGAUCCUUAGCACACCUUGUUUAAUACAGCAUGCCUCGAACAUGCAUGUUUCCCGCCGAGUGUCCA